AGCAACAUUACGGAUAGAUAGUAGCUACCUAGUCGAUCACCCGAAAAUAGCCGCCUGGACGGCUGAUCCCGGCUGGCUCAGCCUCGUGCUGGCAUCCCAUCAGUCUCCACCCAGCCUCUUGCUCUUUCACCCCCCGAUAACCAGACGAGAUGGACAAUGUGCUUGGGGUAUUACCAAAUGGCCCCCCAGUUCCCUCUCUCCACCAUGAGGACUUCACCGUCGCGUGGAUAUGUGCUCUGCCCGUCGAGAUGGCAGCCGCCGAGGCGCUGCUGGACGAGCGCCUGCCCAAUCUACCCGCCAAGCCUCACGACCACAACACCUACAUCUUCGGCAGCAUCCACGGUCAUCGCAUCGUGAUCGCCUGUCUCCCAGCAGGGGUAUAUGGAACCACCUCUGCAGCCACUCUGGCGACCGAAGUUCGCACCAGUUUCCCAUCUCUUCGAUUUGGACUGAUGGUCGGUGUGGGCGGAGGGGUGCGUCACGCCGGGGUCCAGCUCGGCGAUGUGGUCGUCAGCAAGCCUUCACGCGAGUAUGGCGGAGUGAUUCAAUACGACUACGGCAAGGCAGUCGCUGGGGGUGAAUGGGAGCACACCGGCAUGCUGAACAAGCCGCCGACCGUCCUACUGACAGCAAUCGCCCGACUUCAGGCAGCGCAUUUGCAGAGGCCCAAUCGGGUGUCCGAGAUAGCCGCCGAGGUUUUGGCUGCACAUCCCGGCAUGGUGCCGACGUUCGGACGUCCGAUACCAUCCGAGGAUGGGGUUACAGAGGAGUUUUCCACGGGCUGCAAAAUCCACUAUGGCUUAAUUGCAUCUGGCAAUAAGGUCGUUAAAGACGAGAAGCUCCGGGAUGAGAUCGCCCACCGAUUCGGCAUUCUGUGCUUCGAAAUGGAGGCCGCCGGGCUGAUGGAUAAUUUCCCUUGCCUUGUCGUCCGGGGUAUUUGCGACUAUGCCGAUUCGCAAAAGAAUAAGGACUGGCAGGGUUAUGCCUCGUUGACGGCGGCUGUCUACGCGAAGGAGCUUCUGGAAGUUAUUCCGAGGCAUUCGGUCACCCAGGCACCGGCAGCCAUCUCAUAUUUGGAUUGGCAUGUAGAACACUAUUUUCCAUCCAAGGACCCGCACUCUACCGGGUGGGUCAGCACUACUAAGCCAGCCUUUGAUGAGGUUUUCUUAGAGCGUAUAACACCCUACGAUCAUGAGAGAAUCCAUCAAAGGAUCUCACGAAAGAGACUCGUGGGCACCACGCAGUGGUUUUUGAACCAUUCUAAGUUUCAGGCCUGGUUCUCCGAUAGAGAAUAUCCCUUUCUGUGGUGCUCGGGUAAAAUCGGUUCGGGGAAAUCUAUCAUUGCAGCCACUGUCAUUGAGGAAGCGCGCCUGAAGCUGUCACCACUCGGCAUUCCGACUGUUUUCUUCUACUGCGACGAACAAUAUGCCUCCGAACCAGCUCUGUUGCUUUCCAGCUUCAUACGGCAACUCACUGAGUUCUUUAUGGAUAGGCACCAAGGAAUUUCCAAUGGCAGCCAGAAGCUGCUCCAAAAAUAUUUCAACGUCAAACGGGAGGCACCUGACCUGGAGGAUUUGGAACAUGUAUUUGCCAGUCUCUACACAGAUGUAUCAAAUGCCAUCUACGUGGUAGAUGGACUUGAUGCGCUCAAGCAGAAAGAUGCGAGAUGGCUGCUUAUCUACUUUCGGUCACUUUUCGAGGCCUGUCACGGUGAAGCCACGGGUCCGCGACUACUCAUAGUGAGCAGAGAAUAUUUUGUGGGGGGCACAAAUGUUGCGACUUAUCUGCCCAACAUUCAUCAAAUUUCCACCACCGGCAAUGUGACGCAUGAUAUCGAGAUCUAUAUCAAAGAAAGCAUUGCCGACAGAAUGAUGGUCAAACAACUCACCAACAGUGAGGAGCUGAUCGAUAGAAUGAAAGGUAUCCUGCUCAGGGAGUCUUCCGAAAUGUUCCUAUGGGUGUAUCUACAGGUGGAGAUCAUUUGGUAUACAUGCGCCACAGAAAGCGAGAUUUGCUCCGCCCUGGCAUCAUUGCCCAAAGAUCUCGAGGAAACCUACAAUAGGUGUGCCCAGAGGAUCAACUACCAGGACUUCCGUGCGCUCCGAACACUUGUCUGGGUUCGCUAUAGCGCGCGACCGCUUCAUUGUGAAGAGCUCCGGGAGGCAGUGGCCUUUGACAUCCACGACACAGUGUGGGACUCGACCAAAAUUCCGCGUGGGGACUUUCUUCUGGGCUGGUGCGCCAACCUGGUGGUCUUGGACUCCCUUGACGGCUGCGCGCGGUUUGCACAUCCGUCAGUCUGCCAAUAUCUCGACGACAGGGGAAGUUUAUCCAUUUUUCCAAAGUCUAUUCAACUGGGCAAUCAAAUCUGUGGGCGCCUUUGCAUCACAUACCUUUCUUUUGCAGAUUUCCACCUCCAACUCGAUCGAACCCCAGAUGAGCAUCCAACAUGGAGCCUGCGGAGUCCAGAUCUGGUCCCAAAAGAUGUUCCGGGCUUCCGAGUAAUCGAAAGGUUUUUACCAUCGAGGCUAAAGCGCAAACAAUGUAUUUCACUGCCACUGCGUUCAAUCCGAACAGCUUCUAUGCCGUCUGCGGCGCGCUAUCGAUUUCUGGGCUAUGCACGCAGACAUUGGACGACCCAUACCAGGCAUCUUGAACUGGAUGAGCCACUCUGGGGGGACUUUGCGCGACUAGCGAUGACAUUGAAUGAGACCUGGAGGAUCCAUCCGUGGAAAACUGACGGUAGCUCACAGGAGUCGUACUUGCGAGCCAUGUUCGGAUGGGCAGUUAGGGAACAUCAUAUACCACUUAUGCACCUUUCCCUGCUGUCUUCAAAUGACGCCAACAUGAUCUGCGAUCUGCCACUUGCUGGAGAGUUGCUUCCAGCCUUGCAUUAUGUCUGCAAACAGGGCUAUGAUGAUAUGAUCCCAUGUCUACUGCACUACUGCGAUGUCACAAGGCCUGACUUACAAGGCUUUACACCAUUGCAGUACGCUGUCGAAAAGGGUCGUUUUCAUACGGUGAACCUCCUCCUGCGCCCAACGCUCCGUGCUCUUAUGGAUCCCAGCUAUAUCGAUGAGCUGCUCUUGUUAUCCUCAAGCAAAGGACAUACCGAUAUCGUCAAACUUCUCAUCCAGCAUGGCGCAUUUCUGGAGGUGCAGAACUCCAAGUCCCAGACGAGUCUCAUGGUGGCUGCCGCCGCUGGCCACAUAUCCACCGUGGAACUACUCAUGCAGCGGGGAGCCGACGAAGACGCCACCGACAGAGAGGGUGGUACCGCACGUCUGUAUGCUCUCAGAAAUCGACAUUGGAUGGUUUUCAACCUGUUCCUGAACAUGGACUUGAAACGAGCAUCCUGUAAACUUGAGGAUAUGUUGCUCUCUGCGGUCGAAAUGGACGAUCCUGAAUUCGCGAUAUUUUUAAUUGGCAAGGGGCUCGACCCCAAUGCGGAAUACGAGUUGGAUACUGGCCAUGGAUCUGGCACUGUUCUUACGUGGGCUGCCGGGAAGGGACCCGGCAAACUGGACGCCUCUUGCUCGGGCUGCUCGAUUUGGGCAUGAUGCUGUUGUCACUCUUCUCGUCUCGCACGGAGCAAGGGUCAAUUUUCCAUACAACAACUACACGCCUCUUCAAAUUGCUGCGGCCAGCCAAAAGGAAAGCACAGUGAAACUCUUGAUCCAGCAUGGAGCAAUUGUGGACCAGUUGAUCACUAGAGAUUCUAGUCUUACUAAGGAACAAAUGAGACAAUUGAGCGUGGGA